AUGCUUCCUGUUUUCUUCAUUCAGCAAGUAAAAAUAACUGCCCUCACAUUCAACUUCAUAUUUGCAUUGAUUUCGAUUUUCUCAUUAAUUAUUGCUAUAUUCUCAUGGUUUUCACCUCCAAGUGCCGGAAUUUCUCCCAUUCCUGUUGCAGAUCAUCAUCAGUACGCACUUGCUGUGUUUUUUGUUGGUACAACGAGCAUUUCAAUAUUUUUGUUAUCGGCACUCGGAAUUGUCUCAUUGGUAUUAUGUAGCUCAUUUUGUAUGUUUCUGUAUAUUGUGAUGUUAUUGAUACAAAUAUCUGUUCAGUUUAUUCUCUCAGCUUUUGCUUUUGCCAAUCAACGUAAGAUACAUGCAAAAAUAAUAUCUCAAUGGCGUUUACGAUCAGUGGAAAACGUUAAUAAUGAUUGUGGUAACGAUGCUGUUUGCGGUAAACAUUUAGAAUUGUUUAAUCAAGUUGAACGAAUCAUUUUCAUAUCAUUGUUGGUAUUUUUUUCAUUUCAGGUCUUACUGUUAUUUAUUAGUUGUUGCUACUGUAAUUAUUUAUCAGAAAAGGAACGGCGCGAAAUGAUUGAAAAGGAUAACGACUGA